AUAAUGUACCUUUGGCAGCAGGUGAGGUCAAAUGCAGAGGAACAGAACGGAAGAGGUUUGUUGACAGGUGGAGUAGAAUAUUUGAGCUUUUAACCAAAAAGGGGACAAAUGGAGGACAGCAAAACGGCGCUAGUCGACAGCCUUAUAAUAUGGCUGCAGACCUUCAACACUCCUGCACCCUGCAGAACAGCAGAGGAGCUCACUACUGGAGCAGCAAUGUCACAGGCACUCCAUCAAAUAGACCCUGCAUGGUUCACCGAUGGAUGGCUGAGUCGAAUCAAAACUGACGUUGAGGAUAACUGGAGACUGAAGAUGAACAAUCUGAAGAAGAUCCUUCAGAUGGUGGUUGAUUAUUAUAAUGAGGUGUUGGCCCAGGAAAUCUCAGGCUUUCCUUUGCCUGAUCUAUCCCUGGUGGCUGAGCAUGCAGACCCUGUGCAACUGGGAAGGCUGCUGCAACUCGUACUGGGCUGUGCUGUCAGAUGUGAGCACAAACAAGAAUACAUUCAGAUCAUCAUGACCUUGGAGGAGUCUGUGCAGCAUGUUGUCAUGACAGCCAUUCAAGAGCUCUUGAGUAAGGAGACCAUGGCCCCGUUUGGAGCGGAGCUGUCAGGGGACUUGGAACAGCAGCUAAAAAAAGCUCUGGAGGAACUUGCAACACUUCUGUCAGAAAAGGAAUCACUAGCACAACGCUGUCAAGAACUGGACAUACAGGUGGCUGUUCUCCAAGAGGAACGGAACAGUUUAUUGGCUGAGAAUGAUGUCCUAACAGACCGAGCCAAUCAGCUGGAUACAUUUGAUGACCCAAGCACACCCUCAGGGAGAAAACACAGUCAGCUACAGCAGCAACUUGAGGCACUGCAGGAGGAAAACUUCAGGCUGGAGGCUGCCAAGGAUGACUACCGGAUCCACUGUGAGGAGUUGGAGAAGCAGCUGAUUGAACUUCAACACCGCAACGAUGAACUCACCAGCCUGGCAGAGGAGUCACGGGCUCUCAAAGAUGAACUGGAUGUCCUGAGGAACUGUUCAGAUCGAGUGGUGAUGCUGGAGGCCUCAGUGGAUACUUACAAGCGUAAGCUGGAGAAUCUUGGUGAUCUGAAGAGGCAAAUGAAGCUGUUGGAAGAGAAUAACAUGACUUACAUGCAGAAUACUGUCAGCCUGGAGGAAGAGCUGCGCAAGGCUAAUGCUGCACGUGCGCAGCUUGAAUCAUAUAAGAGACAGGUCCAGGAGCUACACAAGAAGUUGACCGAGGAGACGAGGCGAGCAGACAAUCUAGCUUUUGACACAAAAAAGUUGGAGGAGAAAUAUGAAACUGUUAUGAAGGAGAAAGAGAGGAUCAUCAUAGAGAGAGAUUCUCUCAAAGAAAUCAACGAGGAGCUGCGAUGCACUCAGGCUCAACAGCACCAGCUCUCUCAGUCAGGGAUGGUUCCCUCUGGGAGCCCAAGCCAUGAUAACCUGGCAGCUGAAUUAAUGCCUGUUGAAUACAAAGAGAAAUUCAUCCGACUGCAGCAUGAGAAUAAGAUGCUGAGGCUGCAGCAGGAGGAAUAUGAGCGAGAGAAGAUCGCUGCUCUGCAGGCUCAGCUGGAGGAAGCUGAUAAAACACGCAGCGAACUGGACACUGAAAACAGACUGAGCCGAGAAAGGAUCAGUGAGCUGCAGCAGCAGGUUGAGGACCUUCAGAAGGCUCUGCAGAGUCAGGCGGCCAAACCUGAUGAUUCAAACCUGAAGCGAAAACUGGAUGCUCACAUGGUCCAGCUGAAUGAAGCUCAGGAUGAAAUCAUGAAGAAGAAAGAGCUCCUCGAAGACCUUCAGCCUGACAACACUCAGACCUCAUUGAAGCUGGAUGAGCUGAUGGCUGCUCUGAAGAAGAAGGAUGAUGACAUGCGGGCCAUGGAGGAGAGGUACAAGAUGUACCUGGAGAAAGCCCGCAAUGUAAUACGAGCACUGGACCCGAAGCUGAAUCCUGCCACUGCUGAGAUCCAGGCCUUAAGGAGCCAGCUGGCAGACCGGGACAAACAGAUUCUCACCCUUGAACGUCAGUGUGAGCAGGCUAGACUGAGAGAAUAUGAGGAGAAGCUGAUAGUCACAGCCUGGUAUAACAAGAGUUUGAACUUUCAGAAGCUGGCUAUUGAAUCUCGUCUUGGGGGCCGCACUCCUUCCAUGCUGUCCCCCGGACAGUCCUUUUUGACGCAGCAGCGCCAAGUCUCAAACGCCCCACGCCGGCCACCUUCUAUCAGCGUGCCUGCCACUACCUCCCAGUAGACUGUCAUGGAAACAUGUCUCACCUUAUUCAAAGCAAGGCAAAAAUACACAGCCAUCAGUCCCUCUAACAAGCGAGCACUCAAGUGACCUUAAACACAUCUGCCCUUAGCCUUUUGGUAGGAGGUCAUGGAUAAGCUGAUUGGAAUCAGUGAGCACCCACUUAUCAAGCAACACAACAGGUCACCCACCCGAGGUUACACCUGAAGUUACAGCAUACUGUCCCGCCGUACAUUAGCCUGAAAGAUGACCUUUCUAACCACACUAUCCCCUCAGUUCACCUCAGCGCUCUCUGACCCUCACUUAUUCAACCUUGGGGUUUCUGCAACCUCAUAUUAAUACUUUCUAUAAUUAGUUUAGCCUUGGCUCUUGGUAUAUCCUUAAAUUUAGUCAGGAAUCAGAGAAAUAUGUCUUCUUAAUAUUUUUAUUCAGAAUUAGAGCCUGUUAUAUUAAUAAAUGGAAUUUUAAAAGGCGUGACUUGAAUGCUGAAGCCACCUAAAUGUAACUUGAGCUGAUUGUAGAAGCAUAUAUGAAGUGUAUUAUCAUGCUAUGCAGUGAAGUGUGUGUUUGUGUAGUCAUCCUGCAGAGCAAUGAAAACUUUUUUUCUUUUUAUUUCUGCUUUAAGGAAUCACUUUCUAGAUUUGGUGCUGGCCACCAACAACUUUUAAGCAUCAAACAUCAGGCACUUACAAGGUUUUUCUUGAUUGUUCUCUUUUUUUUUGUUAGUUUUUUUUCUUAAAAUGGAGAAAGAACAUUAUUUCACAGGCUGUGAAAAUCCUGUUAAUCACAAUAAUGAUAAUCAAGAUUUAAGGUGCUGCAACCAGAAAAAUCUUUUUCACAAAUCUUAGAGAGGGAAUCCAGGAAAAGUGUAUUAUUCUUUUCUAUAUCUCCACAGAGUGGUGUACUGGCAGCAUGCACUUACGACAAUAAUAGCUUGAUCUUAUUUAGUAGUAAAUAAUCAUUAACUAUAUACAUAAAUUGUCCAGUUUUAAUCAAAACACGAUUUAACACCAGCUUUGGAUCAAAAUGUGAGACCCAGGUUAAGCACUCAUGUCUGCAAAUUGUAACUUGAAGAGUUUUUAAUUAAUGUAGUUAAUCAUGUUUUUGGGAGUUUAAGUGCCAGUUCAGAGUAAAACGCGCUGUAGAGAAGCAGAUAUCUUCUUUCUCAUGGUUGGUUAUUGGCUGUCUGAUGCUACUUGGUGUAAGUUGAACCAUUUCACUACAUAAAGAAGCUUCUGAUUGAACUUCUCACUUUGUGGCAAGACUCAAGAAGCGUCCUGUUAUGGCUUUGACACAUUUGAUAAAUAGGUCUUUUAAUUUUUCCUUUACAGUUAAUAAUUCUUGUAGAUUGCUGGUUUUAAAAGGAGUGUCAUUCAUUUGAAAGGAAGUACGAUCAAACGUAGCACAGCACAGUAACCACAUCAGUGGGGUGAUAGGUUUUUGUGUUAAAUUAUAAAAGAAAGGCAUUGUGACUUUUCAGGAAUUCCAAGAGGUUGAUGUUUUAAAGAUUUCACCUGUUUUUGUGAAUAAAUACUGUUUUUCUAAAA